UGCAUAUCUUAGCGCGUGCCCUAACGCUCCUUAUUUCUCUUUUUUUUUUUUUUUUAAGGACAAAAAAUCAUUUUCCAAUGUUAAUUUUUUCGAUUCUCAAUUUAGCAAAUUUAAAGGGUUUCUUGAUUAACCCUUUAAAUUCCUCAAUUUUUUAGGCUUUAUCUGUUUAUAAUCUCUAUUUACUACCCAAUUUGAUUAAACAACCAAUUUUUACUAAUACCCUUUUGCUAUUUUGGAUUCUGGAAAUUGUUUUUAGUACUUUUUUGCUAAUUUAUUUGCUGUUAUUUAGUCAAUUUUACGUUUCAAAUGUUAAUUUUAUGAAUAAAAAACUAAUUUUUACUGAUAUCAUUUUGCUAUUUUAGUCAAUUUUAUGAUUCAAGAAUUGAUUUUGAUAAUGCCCUUUUGCUAUUUUUGAUUCUUGAAAUUGUUUUGGGACUUUUUGCUGUUUUAUUUGCUGUUAUUUAGUCAAUUUUACCAUUCAAGAAUUGAUUUUGAUAAUUCCCUUUUGCUAUUAUUGAUUCUUGAAAUUGUUUUUGGUAUUUGUUGAUGCUGUUUUAUUUGCUGUUAUUUAGCCAAUUUUAUCAUUCAAGAAUUAAUUUUGAUAAUGCCCUUUUGUUAUUAUUGAUUCUUGAAAUUGUUUUUGGUAUUUGUUGUUGUUUUCUUUGUUGUUAUUUAGUCAAUCUUAGCUUUUCAAAGGCUACCGUUAAGUGUACUUUUUGUGUAUAUAAUUGUUAGGGUAGUGUAGUUUUGUAGUCAUUUUCGUGAAAUGGAACCGAAUUCACCGGUGAGAUUUAAACUGGGUAAGCAAUCGUCGUUAGCACCAGAGAGGGAAGUGUUAGGAGCCGAAAGGGAGGGCGGUGAAGAUGGUGUUGAUAUUGAUCCAAGAGUGAGGUUGAUGUAUUCGGCGAAUGAAGGCGAUAUAGAAGGGAUAAAGGAGAUUUUAGAAUGUGGGACGGAUGUUAAUUUUAGAGACAUUGAUAAGAGGACUGCACUUCAUGUUGCUGCUUGUCAUGGUUCAAGUGAUGUUGUGCAGCUGUUGCUUGAUAAUGGAGCUGAAGUUGAUCCGAAAGAUCGGUGGGGAAGCACGCCCCUGGCAGAUGCAAUACAUUAUAAAAAUCAUUCAGUGAUCAAGCUAUUGGAGAAACAUGGUGCCAAGCCUCCAAUGGCUCCCAUGCAUGUUAAUACCUGCCGUGAAGUUCCAGAAUAUGAGAUUGAUCCUAAAGAACUUGAUUUCACUAAUAGCAUUGAGUUGAGCAAGGGAACCUUCCAUAUUGCCUCGUGGCGUGGAAUACAAGUUGCUGUAAAAAAGUUUGGGGAGGAUGUGAUUGCUGAUGAGGAGAAAGUGAGCGCAUUUAGAGAUGAGCUUGCAUUGCUCCAGAAGAUACGACAUCCUAAUGUGGUCCAAUUUCUUGGUGCGGUAACACAAAGUAGUCCUAUGAUGAUAGUGACGGAAUACUUACCAAAGGGUGAUCUCCGUGAAUAUUUGAAUAGAAAACGAGUACUUAGACCAACUAAAGCUCUCAGAUUUGCAAUGGACAUCGCGAGGGGAAUGAACUAUCUGCAUGAACAUAAAGAAGCAAUUAUUCAUCGUGAUCUUGAGCCUUCAAAUAUUCUGCGGGAUGAUACUGGACAUCUGAAAGUUGCUGACUUUGGAGUAAGCAAGCUACUGAAAGUUACAAAAAGGGUCAAAGAAGAUAAGCCUCUGACAUACGAAGAUAGUUAUCGAAGAUAUGUCGCUCCAGAAGUUUUCAGGAAUGAGGAAUAUGAUACCAAAGUUGAUGUCUUUUCAUUUGCGUUGAUUUUACAAGAGAUGAUUGAAGGCUACCCCCCUUUCCAUGCGAAGGAAGAAAACGAUGUACCUAAAUUAUAUGUUGCUAAAGAGCGCCCUCCUUUUAAAGCCCCGGUGAAGUUUUAUGCCCAUGGACUGAAAGAGUUGAUUGAAGAGUGUUGGAACGAAAUGCCAGCCAAGCGUCCAAGUUUCAAGCAAAUUAUCCCAAGGCUCGAGUCCAUCUAUAAAAAUUUUGACAAGAACAAACAUUGGAAGGUAAUUAGACCAUUGAAAUGCUUUCAGCAUUUAGAGGCAAUGUGGAAGAAAGAUAGUUCAUAUUUAAGUAGCCGGAAUCGUUCGUCUCGAUCUACGAGCCAUAUCUAGAAGUUCAGAUUUAAGUAGCCAGAAUCGUUCGUUUAGAUCUACACAUGUAGUACAUUUCUGGAAAUAAGGCAAAAUUUCAUUUGCUCAAUCAACUGUGCAUAUAAAGUUUCUUUGCAUUAUCUGCAAAAAAAAUUCUGUUGGUUUUAGUAUUUAGGUUGAUGGAUUGUUUUCUAGUUUCAAAAGCUUCUAUUCUUUGUCAUUGGAAUGAACAUCUUUCCCUAUGUUAUACAUUGUUUUUUGUA